GAAGGUGGACGUGUCUCUGAAGAGCGCCGUGGGUGUAGCAGAAACAGGAGUUACACAUUUAUUAAGCGUCAAGUUAAUGCUACAAUGUCCAACGUCGAGGUACCGAAAUCUGCGAAAGAAAGUCAUGAAAUUCCUACGACUAAGGCGCUGCCGGUGUCCAGGAGCACAGACCGUCGCUACAGUGAGGUGGUACAAGAGUAUAUGCGGAAGAAGCAGAGUCGACAAGGCUCUGCCAGCAGCUACAUCAUCCAGCCCUCGGAGGUGCUCACCCAGCAAGCCGACCAAUCAGGACCCAACGGUACCUCCUAUGUAAGUUGGGACCCACCUGACACCCCCAGGAGCCAGAGACCCCAGAACCCCGAAGGUAACCAGAGCGAUGACCCCCGUGCCACCACCACCACCGCCCCGGGGACACCUGAGAAGGACUUGGGGGUACCACUACUAGACGUUAGCCGUGGAUCAGUAACCCCGACCAAUAGAAGUAGUAAUGAGGACUCCUUCACAACAGCUAAAUCGAACUUAACCCGCUCUAGGUCCCCUCAGAAUCACGGGUCAAAGUCUGCAGUAGGAUCACAACGCAGCCCCGGAUCUCCAUUCACCUACUACGUUACUCCCUCGACGAUCAAUCACUUCCAUGGGAAUUUGAAGAGCACCCCGAAGGAGGAGGAGGAGGAACAACAACAGCAGCAGCAGAAGACAUCAACCUUCCACUCCCCAGGGUCCAGAGUUAACGGCACCCCGAGGAACACUAGCAAACAUCCUGCCAUUAAGGUGAUCUCUGCUGGGGGUUCACCAAGACACCUUCUGAGUGAGUACCUGAGUGCCUGA